CUAGAAAAAUACACAAAAUAGCCCGCCUUACAAAACCCAAGAAGAAAUUCAAACACACGGCCAGAGCGUUUGAGAGAGGGAGAUGCCAAGGAACGAAUGGAAAGCGAAGUCUGGAAGGAAGGCACUGAAGGACGUAUCAAAUAAACACAAUGGUGGAAGGUUCUCCAAAUCCCUCAAUUCGAAGAAGAAAUUCUCGGAGAAGACCAGCGAGGAUUUGUCUACGCUGGGCGAAGAAGACGACGCGCUCGACCGCCUCCUGCUCGUCCAGUCCGAUCUCUCCUCUCUAGUCCACCAGAUUGAUGAACUCGUUGUGCAAGCAUUUAAACUGAAGGCAACCAGCAAACACGGGAGAAAAGAAAUUGAAUCUUUCACGCAUUUCUUGUCUGAAAUGCUUUACUCUUUAAAGCCAUGGUUCCCCAGAUUUCAGAAGGUGCUCUCCAGUCCUAUGGAAUCUGAGAAUCAGCUGGGACAGACUGGCGCAAGUAAAAUAGUGUCUUCGACUAAUGAAGUUGAAAGCAAUGCUCCUGACAGUCCAGAGCAAAGCAAGUUGGAUUCUUUGAUCUCUCCUUCUCCCCUUGUGUCAUGGCGUGCUGACUGCACUAUUGAUAGAGGUAGACAGAUGUUUCUGCUUACACCUCUUCCUAUAUCAAAAGCUCUAUCAUCCAAACAUCAGGGCCCAUCUAAAUCAGUAUUUGAAAGGAUUACGUCCAUUACUACUACUGUGCCACCAUCUUUUUUUACUAUUUCAGGAGAUAUAAAUGAUAAUUUACUUGAAGGUGUACCUAUAAGGCCAACACCUAGUAAGCCUUCUGAUUCUGCCGUGACUGAAAAGGAAAACACCUUACAGUCUGAAUUUGUGUCUUCACCCAUGCUUUCUAAACGAGACUGCUCCAUGCUUGUUAUGACUCCAUGCAUGAAAAUGUCACCUCUAAAAUCUUGUGUAUUGCUUGAACCUAUAUCCGAGUCCUCUCAUCAAGGCAACCAUAGGUUCCGUAAGUCCACCCCAUUUCCUUUUGGCAUUCAUUGCAGUUCACAACUUUCCGAAUCCUCUGACAGUGAUGCUUCUGAGGGUCUCGCUUUAAAGUAUCCAGAGCUCUUAGGGAUUCAACAGGCUUAUAAACCAGGAAUUGGAAAGAAAAAGGUAGAAGCAUCACCAGAUUGGUUUGUUUCACCUCCUAAGACUUGUGUUUUACUCAACCCACCUGAUGAGAAAUCAUUGAAGAAUGCAGCCGAUGACUGCCAGAUGCCUAUAACGUCUGAUGUUUUCAAUCAGCAAAUUAACUCGAUUUUAUCAAAGGAAGACAACGUUCAAUGCGGCUUUCAGCAAACCAACAAAUCUUGUAACCAAGAACCUCGUGGUGGUAAUUUAGCAUCCAUGGAUAGCACUCCAAUGUGGAAGGGACCUGAAAGCACUAUCUGCAGAGGCAAAGUUGCGGGUGAGAAUACUCUAAAGAAAGAGUUGUGGACAAAGUUUGAAGCAGCAUCUACCCAUGGCCCCCGUCUUAAUGUCUCUGUGCCCCAAAAUACUGCUCAGAGAGGAUUUCUUGACUUACUGGAUGAGGUCUCUUGUGACGAGUGAAGUUAGCUGCAUGUGGGUUCGAGCUGGCAAAACAUAAGAGAAUUUUUGAAUCGUAAAUGGCAGAUCAUGUUGUAUGUUAGAAGUAUUUAGGGCUCAGUAAUUGGCUUCUUGAUGUAAUGGAUGUGUUGCUUCUGACACAAACCUGAUAUGUUGUAGUAAAAAGAAAAUGAAUUACCCAAAAUACUAAAAACCUCCAAAUUAAA